AUGGCGCAGGUCGGUGGCGGGCGGCGGCGCGGAAAGACUGCCGCCUCUAUCCCUGCCACCCCGCACCGCCACCUCCUUCGCCGCACUUCCCAGGGCUACACUCACACCGUCCCCACCUACCUCUGCUUCCUCGCAGACCUCCGACAUCUCAGACCGCCGCCGCCACUUCCUUCCUCACCGCUGCCGCCGAUGAACUUAGCUGCCACGCCCACGACGUCGAACGCGACCCCGACGCUACGCACGCUGGCGCCGACGCUGACGCCGACGCCAUACACGACGUUACAACGCAGACGCUGUCACAGAUGCAGUGUCAGUGAGCGUCAGCGUCAAAGCGUCCUGUACGGCGUCGGCGUCAGCGUCGGCGUCGGCGUCAGCGUGCGUAGCGUCGGCGUCAGCGUCGGCGCCAGCGUGCGUAGCGUCGGGGUCGCGUUCGACGUCGUGGGCGUGGCAGCUAAGUUCAUCGGCGGCAGCGGUGAGGAAGGAAGUGGCGGCGGCGGUCUGAGAAGUCGGAGGUCUGCGAGGAAGCAGAGGCUCGUAACAGUUUUGCCGUAUCAGGGAGAAAUUUUACCAUCAGGUCCAGGAUGCGUGCUCGCACCCCAACACAUUCGUGGAGCUACUCGGAGGGCGCACCAGCCGGAAGGAGCUGCACCUCCAGCGCGGAUGAAGGCUGCCGUUUUCUCUCUUUCUCCGUGGAGCGCUGCACACCGGGAGCCAGGGACCGCUUGUGCGUGCUUUUCCCCGUGCAGAGCCGUCCACCUUGGUGCUUUCCUGCUCUCUAUCUCCGACGUGUGCAUGGACCAACCAAACCGCUGUGGACCUCCAGGGAUCCUAAGUGAAAAUCAGCGACGUUUACCAACGCCUCCUGAUGGCUGAUUCUCAGAACCGUAAGUUGGCCUCUUACUAAAAUGACCAAAACCUGCACUCCUCUUUCCCAUUCUUUCUUCCCCUCUACUUCUUAGUCUGUUAACCUAAUGUUGUAGUAGGAAAACUGGCAUCUGGUCUGCUUGUGUUUUACUGUGACCUGCUGUUCUCCGGGAUUUUGGUCCCUCAAGGUCUAGAUGCUGGAAACUGGCAGUUAGCCUAGUGGCUCAAGUGCCCACAUCCCACGUCACGGUAUCUAGUUUUGAUUGCUGGCUCUGGCUCCUGGCUUCAGCUUCCUUUCAAGGCAGACCCAGGGAGGCAGUGAUAAUGGCUCAAAUAAUUGUUGUUUUUUUUUUUUUUUCUACUCACAAGGGAGACUUGGAUGGAGAUACUGGUUCCCAGCUUCAUCCUUGGCUGCUGUGGACAUUUGGUGAAUAAACCAAUGGAUGGGAGUUCUCCCAGCUCCCUGAAAUAAGUAAACAUCACCAUUGAAAAGAUCUGGAUGUUUUCAUUGGCCCAAACUCCACCUUUUGUUCCCCUGGUUCUGAUAUGUGGAAAGCUCUGCCUGGGUAAUGAUCUUCCCUUGGCUUCUGGUCCAUUCUCUGGCUGGGUUCUCAGCUCCUUGCUUCAGACCAAAGUGGCUACUGCCAGUGGGAAGCACCUCACACCAUUCUCCAUGGGACUGUGGCCCUCAACUCCUGGAUCUUUCAGUAGCUCCCAAAUAACCUGCAACCAGAUGCUUUUGUUUCAUGCAGUUUUUCUGGUUGUUGUUCUUGGAAAUGUUGGUCUUAGUAGAAAGGGAAGACCUGGGACAACUUAUGAGAAGUAAAGUUGCAGACAGGUGCUCCUAGCAACUGUGAGAUAAACAGAAGUGGUAUAAAGAGCCCAGAGGGCAGUGUUGGCCAUCCAAGUAAUGAGAUGACCCCUGGCUAUAAUUGAGGUUGUGUUUCUCUGUCCAUCAGAAUUGUUGGCAUUCUCUUGUGUCUAGAGAUGACACUACUGCCUCCUUUACCCAGAGUCAUCCCUGGGAGAGAAAAGGGGGCAGCUUUCUAACAGAUCAUGUUCGGGUGGCCUCUUGGGCAUGGGCUAGUAAGGAAUUCUUAGGAAAGGACCAAGGCAGGGCUUAACCUGUGGCCCAGGGUAGCUCCAGUGUCAGUGCUGGAACCUGCUGCUAACAACUCACAAGAGCCUAUGGUGUGUUUAUGUGUGGUCACUUUAGUACAUUGUACGGGCCACGUACACCAUGGAGAUCCACAGGCACUAUAAACCAGGGCUUUGUUUUACGCAGAUGCUGGUUGUAAAACUUGAAUCAGGGAACGGCCACCCAGGAGGGAUGUGUGGCAGUGGGGGUGGGGCCAGAUUCAAGCCCUUUGGGUCAAUAGAUACUGGGGGCUGACUCAAUAAUGAUUGGCUCUGUGUUCAUGUGUGUGUGUGUGUGUGUGUGUGUUUUAUCAUUUAGUUCUCACUACACCAUGAAAUCAGAUAGUAGAGACUAGGAGAAUUUCUGUUCCCUGCUUCAGUCCACAUUGCAACCUGGGUCGCUGUGAUCCCCUUCAUCUUCAUCCUUAACCACAGCACCUGUAGCAGUACAGGGCGGGAGGACUGAGCCCAGGCUAGUUUCCGGUCGCUGAGGGCAGACAGUGCAGUGUGGCAGAGACCAAGGACCCGUGUGGCCCUGAGCACACACUCGGCCCAUAUAAGAAGUGCAAACAGGAUUCUGAGCCCAAGCAGCAUGGAGAGAACAGAGGGAUCUGAGAAAAAUUGUCCUUGGUUGCUUAUUGUUCUUGCACCUUGUUGUCAUGCCCCUGUCCUGAACA